CGCUCUGAUCUUUCUUCUUUCUCUAUAUACCUAGUCCCUUCUGAGAGCUCCUCCUCGCUCGAUCGAGUCUCUUUUUCCCGCCAAAGCCCGACACACUCCUUGCCAGUCAUCUUUCUUUCUUUUUCACUCGUGGGUGUCAGACUCGGAUGCAAUUCUUCUCACUGUGAAGAUAAAGAUCUGUUUGUAAAUUUGUAAUUGUCCAUCUGUCUCUGUCCCAGUACUCUCUCUUCUGCCCACUCUCGAGCACUACUCCUAAUAUAAGCGUACCCAAAGGCCAUGUUCUUUCCGUGCUGAAUAUCUUCGAAUUAAAGGAGUUUUCCCACUCCAUAAGGAGUAAAGACCUCUCUCUCUCUGCAUCCUGCAGUACCACUUCACUGAGUCUCUCUUACCCAUUCUCACUUCUGUCUACGCAGAGGCAAUAGAAUCUUCCUGUUUGUCUAAUUUGCUAAUUAAAGCCUUCGCUCUAUUUCCUCUUCGUCAAUUCAAAUUUAGUAUCGUCUAUAUAGCUAACCUUUCCUUCGCUUUGAUCAACGAGUGAUCCAAACAAAAAAACUCCACCCACCUUAAUUCACAGGAUCACAUGUUUCGCUCUACGCUUCUUUGAUGCUUUUGAGAAAACACAUCUGCUAUCGUCGGAUCUCGCAUCAUCGUCUACGACAAGUACCAUGAUAGGAUCCGACGAGAACAGCUUCUAUCAUCACCGCGCCGGCAUGUCCUUGAAGUUCUCAGAGCACAUAUUAACAACGAAAAGUACUAAUUUCACUCGUGAACGGAAAGCUAUGGCUGCCGGUGACUCUGAAAACAAGCUCAAGCUCGUGAGAAUCAUACAAACCGAUGCCGAGGCUACUGACUCCUCCAGCGACGACGAACAAGGAGAGAAGAUCGUACGAAGAGUUAAAAGACUCGUCAGAGUGGUCAGCUUCGAGCGGCCGCCACUUGUCUUCGAGACGCAGAAAAAAGAGCCUUCCAGAAAGAGAGCACCGACAUCGCGAGCAUCCGUCACCACUCACCGGAAUAAGUUCCGAGGUGUCCGGCAGAGGCCUUGGGGUCGCUGGGCCGCUGAGAUCCGAGACCCGAACCGCAGAAAACGGGUCUGGCUCGGUACCUUCGACACGGCUGAAGAAGCAGCCUCCGUGUACGACAAAGCCGCCGUCCAGCUCAAGGGUCCUAACGCCGUCACCAACUUCCCCAACCCCGUCAAGACGGAAUUGGCAGUGGACGUUGAUACGCCGACUACGGAGAGUCCCGGUUCAUCUGACGCGGCUUCCUCCUCCCCGACUUCGGUCCUCCAUAAUUAUGAUGAACCCAUGCCAUUCGACGGCCUCGGUUACGGCGACGUCGACGUUUUCGGGUUCAAUAUUGACGUGCCGUUUAGUUGGCCGGACUUUGUAGUUUCCAGAAAGCACGUGAACCAGAAGGAGGAGGAAGACUUUGGCGAGUUUGACGUCGACGACUUCUUGGCGGACGGAGUUUGCUAAAUUCGGACGGAUACUUUAGGAAUGUCAUCCAACAGUUGUGUCCGAAACAGAGACGUGGCAUGGUUUGAUCGGUGAAAAUACACUGUGACGAGAGUCGAGUGUUAACCAAGAAAGUGGAAGUUGCGAAAGUACCCUCGUUGAUUUUGAUAUUAUAUAUAUAUAUAUAUAUAUAUAGGUAAAUGAAGGUGCGUGAGUGUUAAUAUAUAGAGAGUUAGUCGGGUUAAGUACUAAUACGGCAAUUUUUGUCUCGUGUUAAUAAGGUUUUGUUUCCAUUGUAACUGUGAUUAGGUGUAUUUUUUCAUAAAGAGAGUUGGAAGUGAGUGAUGAGGUACCUUGAGAAGAGAUAUUUAGGCCAAGAAGCAUCGAAAAGCUAAGGGAUUUUGUUGUGACGAUAUUUGUAGCUGUUGUUGUUUAAUACUACGAGAAUAUAUAAUAGUGUAUAUGACUUUGGUC